CCAUGCAAAGGGUACUUCCUUGUCCCCCCUCCCCUCCUCGCAGAUAGUUUAAACUUUACGCAAUUUCGUAGUAACUUCUCUCUGAUGUGUUUAUUUUGCUUCUCUCCGAGGAAAUGUACCAUUAAAUUAUAAAAAAUCUCGAAAACAGGUGGCUGAGACUUGAGACAUGGGGCUUAGGUAAGAGUUGGAGGGUUAGGCCAACUGUCACCGUCCACAUAUACGCCUCACAAGUUCAAUCUUUCUCUCUAAUACAUAACCGAUGUUCUGAAACCAUGGUAUCUUGCCAAGCAGCGUCCAUGGUUGCCUUAGUAGCAGUGUCUACCCUUUGUUUCAAAUUUGUCUGAGACGCUGAAAAAACACGAAGAGAAAUGACUAAGUUGACGUUCUCUUCUUUGAAAUCUCCUGCAUGCAUCCAACCAACGAAAUUCAAUCGACCAGUACCUUUCCUCCAAAGCCGACGUGGUCCUUUUGACUUUUCAACGCUAAUGGAGUUGGAAAACGCUAUGGUUCGUGAUGAGGUUUGGAACUGUAAAAGUAAAAGAAUUCUGAUAUAACCCAGAGUUUUGGAGCCAUAUUUAUUGUAAAAAGAAACCAUCAAGCAAUGGAAUCAUUCCCUGGCAUAUACAUGUUGUAAAUUAAUCUUGGUCCCAACAAUGGAACGAGGCAACGGAGCAUCAGUUCUUCCACUCCAUCGAUGAUCGAGGCAAGGUGUCUGCCUGAAGCUGCUGGUUACACAAGGUAGAUCACCGACGUUACUUUUUUCCUCCACUUUCAGCGGCCAAAAAAUUUUGAAACAGGCAAGUACAUAUCUAACCGACACGUAAAACGUGGAGUGUCUGGUUUGAAACCAGGAGCUGCUCUAUUAUUUUAUCGUAAACUUUUUGUCCUGGCUUUUCAUUGUCCAAUCACUAACUGACUAAUACCUGGAGUUUACCGCAAGCCAAUUAUUUCCGUUUACCCUUUCAAAACAACUGGCCUGCGGGUAUUUACCGGCAUGCUUUGUCUGUGUUUACUUAUAUGUUUAUCUUGGAAUCCACUGGAGAAGGUAUCAAAAGGGUCGUAUCUAAUCUAUCAUCCCCUCUUGUUUACAAAAAGACUCUGUUUCUGUGCGAUGGAGUGUGGGCUUGCUGUGGUUGGCGAGAACCUGCUGUCUACUCUCCUUGACGUAUUGUCCGAGGAGUUGGCCGCCCCUAUGCUGCUGGAGUUUGCUCGCAAAGAACAGGUCCAUGCCCAUCUCAAGAAAUGGGAGACCAUCCUCUUCAAGAUUCAGGCAGUGCUCGAAGACGCAGAGGAGAGGCAAUUCACUGAUCGGGUUGUUAAAAUCUGGCUUGAUGAGCUCAAAGACUUGGCUUACGACAUCGAGGAUGUUCUUGAUGACUUUUCCACUGAAGCUCUUCGACAAAAGUCCAAGGAGCAGAGUCAAUCAAUCACCGGCAAGAUACGAAAAUUUGUUACUUCCUUUUUGAACCAUUUUACUUUUAAUUAUAAAAUGGCAUCUAAAAUAAAGGAAAUUACGGCAAGAUUGGAAGAUGUUGUUAAACAAAAAGAUGUUCUUGGUUUGACAGAAAGUGUUGGGGGUCGCCGUGAUAGAGUGCUGCGAAGGAUUCCCAGUACUUCUUUGGUGAAUGAAUCCCUUGUUUUUGGUAGGGAAAGUGACAGGGACCAUAUUAUUAAUGAACUUAUUCUGAAGGAGGAAGAAUCAAGUGAUGGUGGGAUUUCUGUGAUUCCCAUUGUUGGAAUGGGAGGAUUGGGGAAAACUACUCUUGCCCAGCUCGUUUAUAAUGAUGCCAGGGUUGAGACUUUCUUUAAAUUGAGAGCUUGGAUUUGUGUUUCCGAGGAAUUUGAUGUUGUUAGGGUGAUGAAAACUCUGUUAGAAUCCUUGACUUCAAGGGCUUGUAAUGUGAUUGACUUGAACGGGCUGCAAGUAAAAGUAAAGGAGAUAUUGUCUGAGAAGAGAUUUCUGAUUGUUCUAGAUGAUGUUUGGAAUGAGAACUAUAAUGAUUGGACGGUUCUUCGCAGUCCUUUAGAAGUAGGUUCUGCAGAAAGUAAAAUCAUCAUUACAACCCGUAGUCAACGAGCUGCAUCAAUGAUGGGAACUGUUUCUGCUUAUCAUUUGAAAGAAAUGUCUCAUGAUCAUUGUUUGUCUUUGUUUACACAACAUGCUUUAGGGAGUAGAAAUUUUGAUAAUUAUCCACAUUUGAAAGAAAUUGGUGAGGCAAUUGUGAAAAGGUGCAAGGGCUUGCCAUUGGCUGUUAAAACGCUUGCAGGCCUUUUGCGUUGCAAGAUAGGUUAUCAUGAAUGGGAAGAUAUACUGAAUAGCAGGAUAUGGGAUUUACCAGAAGAUAAUGGUGCCAUUCUACCAGCCCUGAGGUUGAGCUACCAUUAUCUUCCUUUUCAUUUGAAACCAUGUUUUGCUUAUUGUUCACUAUUCCCUAAGGACUAUGAAUUUGAGAAGGAUGAAUUAGUUCAAUUAUGGAUUGCAGAAGGUUUUAUCCAUCAACUUAAAGGAAUGAAGCAGGUGGAAGGCUUAGGUUUUGAGUAUUUUCAUGAAUUAUUAUCAAGGUCUUUUUUUCAACAAUCAAGUGUUAGCAAGUCAUGUUAUAUGAUGCAUGACCUCAUUAAUGAUUUAGCUCAAUAUGUUGCUGGUGAAGUUUGUUUCAGGUUGGAGGACAAGAUAAGUAGCAAUGGGAAAUGCUAUGUUUCCAAGAGGGCUCGCCACUCCUCAUUCAUUCGUCAGAAGUAUGAUGUUCACAAAAAAUUUGAGUCCUUCUACAAAAUGAAAUGCUUAAGAACAUUCCUAGCAUUACCUGUCUUUGUGUCAGAUCUGGAAGGAGAAUGCUAUUUAACUAAGAUGCUGUUCCAAGACCUGCUGCCAAAACUUAGAUGCUUGAGAGUGCUAUCUUUCAGUGGUUAUUGCAUAAGUGAGCUGCCAGACUCUAUUGGUGAUCUCAAUCACUUACGAUACCUGAAUCUGUCUCGCACUAGAGUUAAAUGCUUACCUGAGUCACUGUGUGCCCUCUGCAAUUUACAGACGUUAAACUUGAGCGGCUGUAAGAAACUUACUAAAUUGCCUCAACGAAUGGAGAAUCUCAUUAGCCUCCAUUAUCUUGAUAUUGCUGAUACUGAUAAUCUGAGGGAAAUGCCACUACAUAUAGGUAAUUUGAUCAAUCUCAAGAAGCUGUCAAAGUUUAUUGUGGCAAAAGGCAGUGGGCCUAGUAUAAGAGAGUUGAAAGGCUUGUCUCGUCUUCAAGGGCAGCUUUCUCUAUUUGAGUUGCAAAAUGUGGCAGUGAUUCGAGAUGUAAGGGUUGCCAAUCUAAAGGAGAAACGUGGACUUGAUGAGUUAGUCAUGAAAUGGAGUGAUGCUUUUAAUGGUUUUCAGAGCAAAGUAGAUGAACUUGAUGUUCUCGACAUGCUAGAACCCCAUCAAAAUCUGAAGAAACUCAGCAUAUUGUAUUAUGCAGGAUCGAAGUUCCCAUCUUGGAUUAGGAUCCCUUCAUUUGUUAACAUGGUGUGCUUAAAUUUCCGUGAUUGUUCAAAAAUCACAUCAUUACCGUCUCUUGGGAGGUUACCUUCCCUCAAGUACUUGCACAUUGAGGGAAUGACUGGACUAAGUUUUGUGGAUUCUGAAUUUUAUGGGGCUACGUCUUAUUCUGAUGAGCUUUUUCCAUCCUUAGAGACUCUAACAUUUGGAAAAAUGUUGAAGUGGGAGAACUGGUCUCAGCCCCAGGUGUUUGAAGCUGCAAAUAAAAAUUUCCCUCAUCUUCAAGAGCUUGUGAUGUGGAAUUGUCCAAAGUUGGUAGAGGCUUUACCCAACUCCCUUACUUCCCUUGUAAAGCUUUCCAUUUGUGAAUGUCCACAGCUUGCAGCCUCUUUUCUGAGUCUCCCAUCUCUUCGUGAAUUGAAUUUAGAACAAUGUAAUGAGCAGUUUCUUACAAAGUUCAUAAACCUCACUGCUCUCACUAGGUUGAAAAUUGAGAACAUUUCAAAUCUUUCUUACUUACCCAAAGACUUCACAUGCUUGGUAUCACUUGAAGGUCUUGAAGUUGAAGAUUGCAGUCAACUGACAUCCCUGUUGCAAGAGGGUGCCAGAUUGGAAAACCUUUAUCGUUUGAAGCGUUUAGCAAUCAUGAAGUGUCCUCAACUGUUGUGGUUGAUAGAUGAUGAAGAUGAGCUACCCUCCAGCCUAGAGUAUCUAGAAAUAGAAGAUUGCACCAAACUGGAGAAGCUUCCAAAUGGGCUAGAAAAGCUUAGAUCAUUAAAAGAUUUGAGUGUUAAAUGGUGCCCCAAACUAAGGUCUUUCCCAAAUAGGGAUUUGCCAUCUAUGCUAAAAAAUCUGGCAAUCUUGGGAUGUGAAUCUUUGGAGUCUUUACCUAAGGGACUGGUGCAUUAUGAUAACGGCAGAAUCACUACAUGUCAUCUUGAAAACUUGGAGAUUCUUGGAUGUCCAUCCCUCAGUUUGUUUCCACCCGGUGAGUUACCAGCUGCCCUUAAGCAACUUGAGAUUUGGGAUUGCAAACAGUUGGAGUGUAUUCCAGAGAGAUUGCUUCAGAACAGUAGGUCACUUGAAUUCAUUCGUAUUGGAAACUGUGAAAAACUGAAAGCCUUUCCUCAGUGUAUGUACAGCUUUGAACAUCUAACUGAGCUGCAUGUAAAUCAAUGCCCGUCCUUGCAGUCUUUUCCAGAAAGUGGAUUGCCCAUCCGUACCCUCAGAACAGUCUCAAUCUCCAAUUGUGUGAAUCUCAAGUCCUUACCCAAUAAGAUGCAUGACCUCACAUCUCUGCAAUAUCUCACAAUAUUUGGCUGUCCAAGUGUAACAUAUUUUCCAGAAGGUGGUUUUCCACCAAACGUGUUAUCACUUUCUAUUUGGGGUUGCAAGCAACUCAAGCAACCCUUUGCAGAGUGGUGCCUAAACAAGCUUACAUCUCUUAAAGACUUAAAUGUUGGUGAUUUUGAUAUAGAUAUGACUUCCUUCCCAGAAGACUCUACAAUUCCACGAACUCUUGUCCACCUUCGAGUCCAGAGUCUACCUAAUCUGAGAUUUCUAUCCAAGGGGCUCCAGGACCUCGUUUUUCUUGAAGGAUUAGAUGUUUGGGAUUGCCCUAAGCUCCAGUUCUUGCCAAAGGAUGGUCUGCCUAUCAUGCUUGGUGUACUUCACAUCAGAAAUUGCCCUCUUUUAAAAAAUCAAUGCUUAGAUGAGAAAGGUGCAUUUUGGCCAAUUAUUUCUCACCUUCCUCUUGUGAGGAUAGAUUAUGUUGAUAUCUGAUGAACAAACUUAAGCAGAUUGGAUUCUCAGAUGGACGGCAAAAACAGAAGUGCCAAUACCUCCUACUGUUCAACCAGAUUGCUGGUUUGAGCAUCUUUGCUCCUAAAGAAAUGGCUGACUGCUGUACUCAGAGGAUCAUAUGCUAAGCAGUGUAAUUCUUCUAAUGUAAUGAUACUCAGAAGAAAAACAUUAAUGUUACCUCAUAAUUCAGAUUCUUAGCAUGUCCUACAUUUCCAGGACUCUUAAUUGCAGCUACCUUCUGUUAAUAUGUAAUGGAGAAAGUUUCACAGUUCAGACAGCAAGUUGUAUUUUCUCUUGCAAUAGAAGUUGUACAAUCCUCUUUGUCAUU